GUGGGCUAAAGACAGUUUGCGGUUUCGCUGCAGCAAGACGGGUCUUGCUGCACUCCGAGUGUUUGACUUUCACUGCGAUUGCACUCUUGUCACAAAUGGCAAGACCGCGCUGACCAUACCGGGCCAUUAACGCAACGUAUGCAAACACGCAGUAGCACGCCGACUCCGACCACCUCACUCUCCACCUGCCCAUCCAGUGAUACAAUAUGGCGGAAGACACGUUGACCAUCAAUCUGAAGGUCUUGUCGCCGUCCAGCGAAAUCGAGGGCGGCAUCCACCUGCAAGACCUCCCCGCAUCGACUACCGUGAGAGAACUCCGGCUCAAGAUCCAAGAGGCGGUGGCCUCCAAGCCGGGACCUGAGCGCAUGCGCCUGAUCUACAGGGGAAAGGUUGUAGCGAAUGACGCUGACACGCUGGAGACGGUGUUCGGCGCAGAGAACAUCCGUGAAUCCAAAAGCCAAAGCCUGCAUCUCGUCCUCCGGGAACUGCCGCAUGCCUCUUCGACCUUGUCUACACCAGCUCCACGCACAGCGACUGCCCCGCCGAGUCCCUUCCGCCCAGCGCAAGCACCACCACCAGCGAGUCCUGCACUCCAGACCAACCCGUUUCGAGCAAUACCACAGCCUCGACCAAACUCGCAGCCACAGGCUGGCCUGCAGUCGCACCACCACCACCAUCAUGCACACCACCCGCAUGUCCACCAUCACCACCAUGUACAGCAGCCCCUCAACCCUCUGGGUCCCAUGGGUGCCGUGCCGCUUCCACCGCAGAUGCAGCAGCAGAUCGCCCAAGCAUUAGGGCAGCGCGGCACUCCAACCCCUACGCCAGCUCCAGCUCCGCCAACACAGCAAACAGAUGGUGCUGCACCUGCGCCUGCGCCGGCAGAUGGAGCUGGAGCGCCUCCUGCGGGUAUCCUUCCACCAGGGUUCGGCGGCAUACCAGCACCAAAUGGCAGGACGGUACGGCAGGAGGGAAUCGGGCCAAAUGGCGCGCGCUGGUCUGUCACAUACAACGACUUCACAGCAAACAUACCACUGCGACCUGGACAGCCAACCAUGCCACGACCUGUACCCCAUCCAGCAGCCUUCGCCGUCCCACCCCGUCCAUUUGGCUCACCUGCACCAGGCGGAGUACAUGUACCUCUAAGCUGGCUUCUACCGAGGCUUCGAGGAACCCUGCAGGAGGCGGCUCGCGAAGUGGACAACGUGCGAACUCUGCUCGCUCCUUCUGCUGUAGAAGACGCUUUGUCGAGUGCGCAAUCUACAUCUAGUUCUGCAACAUUCCCCAGUUGGCGCGCUGAGCGUAUUCGCGAACACUUGCGAACCAUCACGCACAACCUGAACAUGGUCGAAAGUGGCCUCUCUGAUCCAGCCAUGCAACUCAACAUGGACGUGAUUGCAUUGCGACAGGCGGCCGGCGAAGUCAGGAGGCAGGCGAACGAGUUCAGCAGCGCCUUGGACGCACACGAGGCUGGAAUGAGGUCUGAGUUGGCCCACUCGACGUCACCGGGCACCUCAGCUGCAGCUGCAUCCGAUCCCUUGAUUGCAACAGCAUCAGCUGCAACACGGGCUCUACCGUCCGAUGCACCCCAGGAACUAUUUCUCCUUUCUAGUCCCCAUGGACCGGUCGGCGUUCUAUUUGAUCAGCGAGGAACUUACACAACCGCGCCGUUCACCUCGAACCUGUCUUCCCAAACCUUCAUCGACCAAUUCAACCAGAACCGCCAACUCAUUGCCGGCCUUGGCCAACAAAUCGCCCAAAGCUCUCAAAACUUGCAUAACCAGAUGGGCAGCAUCCAGCCAACACCAACACAACCGCCUGCCCAAGCACAGCCCGCACAGCCGCCCUACGCCCUCGACGAAGCCGCAGCCCAACGCGUGAUCCAAAACAUUCAAAACCGCAACGAGCGCCAGGCUGAAAACGCACCUCCCGUUGAUCCCGAUGCACCGGCCGAAAACGACCGUGUGGGCAACGUAGCAGGGCACCUCUGGCUCAUCUUCAAGCUCGCAUGCUUCGUGUACAUUUUCGCUGGCGGUGGUGGAUGGUAUCGCCCGCUUAUGCUGGGUAGCAUCGCCGUGAUUGUGUAUGUUUUUCAGCUGGGUGUUUUCGAAGCACAGUUCAAUGUCGUCAGACAGCAUUUCGAAGCCCUGCUUCCGAAUGCGGAGCACAUCGCUCAGGGCCGUGGCACGGACCAGAAUCGAAAUCAGAAUCAAGCGAACGGUGCAGGCGAGGCAAGACGCAAUCUAACGCCUGAAGAGGCAGCUCGUCGCCUUCUCCUACAACAGCGGAACAAUCAGUUCGGCUGGGCGAGGGAAAGCAUGAGGACGCUUGAGCGAGGCGUUGCGAUUUUCGUCGCGAGUCUGUGGCCGGGGAUUGGCGAGAGGAUGGUGCAUGCGCAGGAGGAGAGGGAGAGGUUGGAGCGCGUUGCUGCGUCUGAAGAGCGCGAACGCCAAGAGGAAGAGAGGAGGAGGGCGGAGGAAGAGGCGACCAAGCAGAGCGAGGAAAUGGAAAGCAGUGCCAGUGAGAAGCCGGUGCUGGAGAGAAACGCUACGCAGACUCUGGGCGAGAACUUCAUGGACGCCGGACCGAGUAAAAAGGGCAAAGAGAGGGCUCAACAGCCUACGACUGCACAGGCUGAUGAGAGCGGCAAGGGGAAGGAGAAGGCCGAGUACCCCGAUGGCGGCUCAGUAUCUGCUUCGACAUCUUGAGUCUACGGACAUGGCUUGACUUGAGUGCAAUAGCCUACACAGCAUCACGUUGGAUAGCGAAUAGCGAAUACCCAAUGUGAAACUUGCGAGCACAACGAUUCGUGUCAGGGAAUCCGUCAGAUUUCAAUGUGCCCGAAUUUAGUCAAUAGUCAAUAGUCAAGGCUACGAAAUACAGCUUGGGAUGAACGAA